AUUAUUAAAACGAAAGGGAUUCCUUUCUUGUUGUAACGCAAGUAAAUUGAGGAAUAAUAAAUAAUUUACAUUAAAUAUAGUUAUAAAAAUUUACAUUAAAUAUAUUUAUAAUAAUUUACAGAGAUUAUAUAAGUGUUUUACAAAUAUUCUUAAAAGUUACUUGAAAAAGCAAAUCAUUUAAACAAAAUCUACUUAUGUGGAGUGCAUGUAUAUAUUUACUCUUAUCGAGAGAUCUUUUAUUUUUACAAAUUGCGAAAAUUCAAUAAUUGAGUAAAGCCCGUAGGUGAGAAAAGUUCUUUGCAUUACAAACUAUUAAAUAUAAAGAGGACAAAAAAUGUAUAUGCGCAUAUUUACGGCGUAUGAACGACAUUUUAAACAAAAAUGUUAAAAAAGAAUUGAAAGAUUUCGAACAACUUGUUGUUUAGCUUUUGACUUUUCUUACGAUUGUGAAAUAUAAACUGCAUAAAAUCUCGGAAGCAAGGAAAACAAGAGGAGGGGUAUAAAUUGUUCGUUAAUAAACAGCUGCUUUUUGUUUGUGUAUAAUUCUUUUCCUUCUGGAAUCCCUCUCUCACUCUCUCUUUUUCUCAUCAACAAACAUAUAAACCCGCACGUUUUUGAUAAGGCUAAAACAAGAAGCAAGUCGAAAAGAAAAAAUAAACAAUAACAAUUUGUAUGCUCUCGUGUUUACGGAGCAUUUAAUUCGACUCUAAUACAAAUAUCUUAAAAAACAUUUAAUAUCCAAUAACAAUUGGUAUAAUAAUUGAUUGAGUACCAAACAUGGAUAUUGUUGGCCUUAUAAAAGCCUAUAAUCCAGACUACGGAGCUGCAUUUUCAGACGCUUGGUGGAACAUAAUAAAUAUGGAAAUCAAAACAGCGUUGGCCCUAUACGGUGCGGUCGGUUUAUUAACUUUCAUAUUAAUUAUAUGUUAUAUAUUCUAUAAACGAUCGCAACAAGAUAGAGAACGUGAAAAAAUGCUAUUCGCUCAGAGUUCGUUGGCAGCCGCUAGUGGUGAUACGCGUGGCUUGCGAUUUCGUAAACGCGAUAAAAUGUUGUUUUACGGUCGCAGAAUGCUUCGUAAGGUAAAAAAUGUGUCUGGUCAAAUGUAUGGCGGUCAGGGUCGCAAACGUAAGGCAGUUAUGCGUUUUGCAAAGCGAUUGUUGCAAUUGCGUCGUGAAAAUAUACCUUUGCAAAUGCGUACAGUGGAACCACCGGCAGAAUAUUUAGAAGAGACUAUGGAGGGUUCAGAUCGUGUACCACCAGAUGCGCUCUAUAUGCUGCAAAGUAUACGAAUCUUUGGUCAUUUUGAGAAACCAAUUUUUUUAAAAUUGUGUAAGCACACUGAAGUUCUAACUUUGGAACCAGGAGAUUAUCUAUUUAAAAUAACCGAUGCGGAUGAUAGCGUGUUCAUCGUUCAGUCGGGAUUGGUAAAUGUUUCCAUAUCGAAUGCGGAUGGUAGCACUUUGUCGUUAAAGACUGUACGUAAAGGUGAAUCAGUUACAUCUCUUCUUAGUUUUGUCGAUGUCUUAUCUGGAAAUUCUAGUUAUUAUAAGACUGUUACAGCCAAAGCAAUGGAAAAAUCUAUAGUGAUACGUUUGCCAAUGCAGGCUUUUCAAGAAGUUUUCGACGAAAAUCCAGAUAUUAUGAUACGUGUUAUACAAGUGAUUAUGAUCCGUUUGCAGCGUGUUUUAUUUACUGCUUUGCGUAACUACUUAGGUCUUAAUUCCGAAUUGGUACAGAACCAUAUGCGACCCAAAAAAAAUCACAAUACACCUGCGAAUGUGGCGCAGCAACAAAAUCAACCUAAAAAUUCCCCCGGUCACAGACGUACCGACUCAACGCCGACACAAAUCCACAGUUUAUCUGAAAUGGCUAUACCACCCCCCGAUAUGUUGGUAGAUUUAGCCUAUGAGCAUCUAAAUUCGUCUGCUCAUAGUCAUGCACACGCAGGCAGUCUUUCAACUCGCAAAUAUUCUAUGAUUCCAGCAGAAUGCUUAGUGAAUGCCUCAUCUUUUGAUAUGCAACUGGUGUACGCGUCAGCAGUGGAGAGCUAUCUUAAAGAAUUAGGCCUCAAUGAAGAUGAUCGUGCAUUAUUGGAACAACUUGUAGAGGUAAAAGAGAUUGAUGCAGAUGCCACACUGAUUACCGAAGGAGAUUCGGAAAAUGUUUGCAUUUUCUUUGUAAUGACGGGUUGUUUGACAGUUCAUCAAAUUGGACCAAAUCCCGUACGGGUUGUCAAAGGUGACAAACCGGAGGUUUUCAUACAUCACGUGCAUCCCGGGGAGAUUGUUGGGGCAUUAGCUGUGUUAACUGGUGAAGCCAGCGCCUACACUAUCAAGUCUCUGUGUAGCAGUCGUGUAGCUUUACUAACAAGAUCAGCUAUUUACCAGUUAAUGCGGGAACGUCCGAAAAUUGUUUUGGAUUUGGGUAAUUCGGUGGUUAGACGUUUGUCCCCAUUGGUAAGACAGUGUGAUUAUGCUCUUGACUGGAUUUUUUUGGAAUCGGGUCGUGCGGUUUACCGGCAGGACGAAAUGAGCGAUAGCACUUAUAUUGUACUGAGCGGUCGCAUGCGUUCUGUAAUAACGCAGGCAAAUGGCAAAAAAGAAAUUGUCGGUGAAUAUGGCAAAGGCGACCUUGUGGGUAUAAUAGAAAUGAUUACGGAAACUGGUCGCACUACUACCGUGAUGGCAGUGCGGGAUUCUGAACUAGCCAAAUUGCCUGAGGGUCUUUUUAACGCCAUUAAAUUACGUUAUCCUAUAGUGGUUACAAAGUUAAUCAGCCUAUUAAGUCAUCGCAUAUUAGGCACCAUGCAAACGCGUUCGGGAAGCUCAGCUGCCCCUCUAGAAGCCAACCCAGUUACUCAUAAAUACUCUACGGUGGCUUUAGUUCCUGUAAACGAUGAAGUGCCCCUAACCGCGUUCACCUAUGAACUGUUUCAUUCAUUAUGUGCUAUUGGACCUACGCUGCGACUAACAUCCGAAGUGAUACGAAAGCAGUUGGGCGUUCAAAUAUUCGAGCAGAGCAAUGAAUACCGUUUGACAUCUUGGCUAGCUCAACAAGAAGAUCGUAACACUAUUACUUUAUAUCAGUGUGAUGCUUCUCUUAGCGCUUGGACUCAGCGCUGUAUGCGACAAGCUGAUGUUAUACUUAUAGUGGGUCUAGGUAAUGGGCCAUCCUCGGUAGGCAAAUUUGAAAGAGAAAUUGACCGCUUAGCUAUGCGCACACAGAAAGAAUUAGUACUACUCUACUCCGAAACAGACAGUUCGAAACCGUUAAAUACUUUGCAAUGGCUCAAUGUCCGCCCUUGGGUUACCAAACAUCAUCAUAUACAGUGUGUAAAGCGCAUGUUUAGCAGGAAAAGUCAAUAUCGUAUUAACGACUUAUAUAGCCGUGUGUUGAUGUCUGAGCCUAAUAUGCAUUCGGAUUUCUCACGUUUGGCACGAUGGUUAACGGGCAAUUCAAUUGGACUCGUGUUGGGUGGAGGUGGUGCGCGUGGUGCUGCUCACAUUGGCAUGUUGAAAGCUAUACAAGAGGCUGGUAUACCAAUUGACAUGGUGGGUGGCGUCAGCAUAGGUGCUCUGAUGGGUGCUCUGUGGUGUGCAGAACGCAAUAUUACAACAGUUACACAACAGGCUAGAGAAUGGUGUAAGAAAAUGACUAAAUGGUUUUUGCAACUUCUGGAUCUCACUUAUCCCAUUACUUCGAUGUUUUCGGGUCGUGAGUUUAAUAAAACCAUUCGCGAUACAAUUGGAGAUGUUAGUAUUGAAGAUCUUUGGAUUCCUUUUUUCACUUUAACUACUGAUAUAACUGCCAGUUGCCGUCGUAUCCAUACUAAUGGAUCCCUGUGGCGUUAUGUACGUUCAUCCAUGUCACUUAGCGGUUAUAUGCCACCGUUGUGUGAUCCCAAAGAUGGACAUCUGCUACUGGACGGUGGCUAUAUAAAUAAUUUGCCAGGUCAUUUGUGGCGUUAUAUACGCGCCAGUAUGUCGAUUGCUGGUGUUCUACCACCGUUUUGCGAUUACAAAGACGGUCAUUUAUUGCUAGAUGGCUGCUACAUCAACAACGUACCAGCCGAUGUUAUGCAUAAAUUAGGAGCUGCCCAUAUAAUAGCCAUAGAUGUCGGUUCCCAGGAUGAUACUGAUUUAACAAAUUAUGGCGAUGAUUUAUCGGGCUGGUGGCUGCUUUACAAAAAAUGGAAUCCUUUUACCACACCCGUCAGGGUACCAGAUCUACCGGAUAUACAAUCACGGCUCGCCUACGUAUCAUGUGUUAGGCAAUUGGAGGAAGUUAAAAAUUCCGAUUAUUGUGAAUACAUACGACCACCAAUAGAUAAGUAUAAGACUUUGGCUUUCGGUAGCUUCGAUGAAAUCCGUGAUGUCGGUUAUGUUUAUGGUAAAAAUUAUUUCGAAAAUAUGGCCAAAGCAGGACGUUUGGGACGUUUUAAUCAAUGGUUUAACAAAGAUCCGCCUAUAAAAGACUACCAUGCACUGAGAGAAUAUUCUUUCAUUGACUUAGCACAGAUUGUUUGCAAGUUACCCGAAACAUAUGUUGAUCCUCAACAAUUCCAAAUGAAUUAUGUCUAUAGCGAGGAUGAAGACUAUGACGGUUAUAUAUCCGAGCCAUCAACUUAUAAUAGGAAUCAAAUAAAAAUGAAACGUACAGGGACUUCACUUUCGUUAUCAGAAAAUGAAAUGGAUUCAGAUAUAGAAUUAGAUCUCACUUUAGAUCUUAGAAAUAAUCAGAAUAAAGCGCUGAUGCCUAUAUCUCUUUCUAAAAUUUCGAUUGAUACUAUCGAAGGUCAACUUCCUCUUACUAAAUCAAUUAACUUAAUCGGAGAAUCCACCGAUCAUCAUCGCAGUUCAUUAGAAACGGAUACCAAAGGGAAACAACAAAGGGGUAGUGGUUUCCCGCAACAACACCUGCAUCAGCAACGGCAAGAUCUACAGCCAAACGAUAUAGAAAAUGAAAGCACAAAUCAAGGUCAAUCUUGAAAAAGAAUAUUUAGAUUUACGUCUUAUUUUAUAAAAAAAACAAAGAAUGUCAAGACUUUAAUUCAACGAAUCGUACUAAACUGAACUGAUUAUUAAUUAAUUUCUAUUUUACCAUAUGUUUUUAAGCAAAAUAAUAUCAUUUAU